CUUCUCUGUUCUUCUAUUUCUUUCAAAUUAAAAGUAUGUUUAGUGAAACUUAAAAUUUCUGCUUAAUCUCUUCAGGUGAAUCAACCGAAGCAAAUCUCAGAGAAAAAGUUUCAAACUUUGAUUACCUUAUACUACAAGUAGGUUUGAUAGUCAAAGCUGUAUAUAGUACAGAAAAGGGCAGGAUUAGGUUUCGUGAAUCUAACAUGGAGGAAAUGCCGCCUGUGCUAUUUGUGAGGUUUGAUUUUGGGAUUAUGAGACUUAGAUAACCAUAAGCGUAGUUGAGGUUUUGAGCUGUUUUGUUAAGACAAAAUUUUCCUGGAGGAAUGUAUAAAUUUAGGGGAAUUAAGGAGACCGGCAGAGAGAGAGGAAGAGGAUCUGUUGUCUAUACCUUGUAGCUUUCUUGGAUGCAGUUAAUGUGGAUUCCUUUGUCAUUUUUCACGCAAAGCUUUUGGCUUGAAACAAAGGAAAGAAGAAAUUUUAGCUGCCAAUUUGUUAAGUCUUUUGGGCUAGUACAUGUCAUGUUCUUUGUCUUGUGAAAGGAUAUGACAAUAGUUCUUACUACAUUUAAUAGCAACAAUUGGUCAGUUCUGAUGAUAAGGAAGAUAGUUUAUAUGUUUCUUUAAUUUCUUGUUUCAGAAACUUGAAGAGUAAAAUGACUUUAUUGAG